AAAAAAGGUUAGGCGGUUCGAGGUCAUCGCCCUUUGAUUCAGACCACGAUGUCGUCUGCCACUACGACCCAAAUCCUUACUACUCCAGCCCCUGGAACGAAAAUUGGUCCCGUUCACGAGUAUGACGAUGAACAGAAGGCAAAGGUGAAGGAACUGAGAGAGUACGCUGACAGUAUUAUGCUUCCCGAGACUGAUUCUUACUAUCCUUGGGAACUUCGAUGGUUGAACCAGCCAGAUACAAUUCCGAGGUAUAUAAGGGCGGCAAAGUGGAAUCUGGCGGAUGGAAAGAAGAGGAUCAAGGGAACGUUAGAGUGGAGGAGAUCCUUCAAACCCGAACUCAUUCCCCCUGAUGAAAUCAAAAUAGAGGACGAGAGUGGGAAAAUUAUCAUCGACGGCUUCGAUAAAGACGGGAGGCCAAUCAUAUACAUGCGUCCAGGAAGACAGAAUACAGAAACCAGUCCGCGUCAGCUGCGACAUCUGGUAUGGUGUUUAGAACGCGCCAAGGACCUCAUGCCACCCGGACAAAGCUCCUUGGUGAUCAUAGUCGACUACAAGUCCACGACUCUUCGCACUAACCCCCCCAUAUCUGUGGCUAGCAAGGUACUAACGAUCCUACAACAGCACUACGUGGAAACCCUUGGCAGGGCCAUUGUAGUUCGGCUGCCGUUGCUGUUAAGUUUCUUUUACAAGGGUAUUUCUCCGUUCUUGGACCCUGUCACACGCGAUAAAAUGCGCUUCAACCCCGAUCUGCUGGAGCUCAUACCGAAGUCUCAAUUAGAAGCAGAGUUUGGAGGUGACCACAACUAUGAGUUCAAACAUGAGGAUUAUUGGAAACAAAUAAUUGAGACGUGUGGUAUUGCACCAGACGGAACACGCGUUCGAGAAGAAAUUGCGCCCUCUACACCUGCCACUGUUUCGGCCAGGCAAAGCACCGAACUUUUUUCACAUGACAAGAGCGCGUCAGAAAUUGUAGAACGUAAAGAGGAAGCGUCUUCUCAUCCUGCCCAUGAACGGUCGGCGACUACGAACCAGUUGGUUGUGGGUGCAUAACCCUCGAUAUGGAUAGACGACUCAUAGAAGGUUGUAUUUAUUACUGUAAAUGUAUGUCCUGUCAUUUCACUUGUGCAGUUAUUGCAUUACCAUUGCCUUUGUCAA